AUGUUUGGUUCGAAAACUCGUUUUGCGACGUUCACAAUAACCAGUAACUCAAAGAACUAUGAUAUACAUAGGAUUUUAAGAAAAAAUGAAAUAGCAAUUGUCGACGAUGACACUUUUAACGCAAUCGAGUUAAGGUGUGCAGAAAAAGAGGAAUACGGACUUAUUUUCCCCGGGACUUUGUGGUGUGGGAAAGGUUCAAAAGCCGAAAGUUACCACGAAUUGGGUGUACAUAAAAAGGAAGAUGAGUGUUGUAGAGAACACGAUCAUUGCGCAAAUACUCUUCAACCCGGCGAAUGCAUAGAAAACGUCUGCAAUAACUCACCUUAUACGAGAUCUCAUUGCGAUUGCGACCUAAAAUUUCAAACAUGUUUGAGUAAUCUUCACACGAUUACUGCAAAUGCGAUAGGGGCGAUUUUCUUUAACAUCGCUAAAAUGCAAUGUUUCAAGGAAGAUGUUUGUAUUGAAAGGUAA